UCCAAUCCCCUUUUCAUUAAUAUCUCUCUGCAGGCAGGUGGUUCAUUCUGGUUCAGUUCGUCACUUCACAAAAUAUUUAAAGAACAUAGAGAAAAAAAAGUGUACCUUCAUUAUUAUUUCUUCCGGGCCACCGGAGUGAUCGCGAAUUGGAAGCAAACCAAACAACAACAACAACAAGGAGAAGCAGCAGGCAGAGAUAUGUGAGCAGCUUUAGGCUUGCUAGGAUUCACAACCAUCUUAACACCAUUAACAAAUCCCCUCUUCUUACCAUCCAGAGCCCAGAUGGAGAUAUUAUAGAUUGUGUUCAUAAAAGGAAACAGCCAGCUCUUGAUCAUCCUCUUCUCAAGAACCACAAGAUCCAGAGGGUUGCGCCGGAGAUGCCUAAGAUGAUGAAACAACAACACUUGGAGGAAGCAGCUGGUGGUGGGUAUCGGGUGAGGGUGACCAGCGCCGCCGCCGGCAACCACAGCGGCAUGGGUGCCGUGCAGCAGCUGUGGCACCAGAGAGGGCUACGCUGUCCUAAAGGGACGGUGCCGAUACGGCGGAGCACGGUGGAUGACGUGUUGAGGGCCAAAUCUCUUUACGAUUACGGGAAGAAACAGCAGCGGCGAUACGCUCCGCUUGCCCGGCGUGCCGAUGCACCGGACGUCGUUAGCGGCAACGGUCAUGAGCAUGCAAUCGCGUACACCGGCGCCUCAGAGGAUAUAUAUGGAGCGAAGGCGACGAUAAACGUGUGGGAGCCGUCGAUAGAGACGGGCAACGAGUUUAGCCUCUCCCAGAUAUGGGUCCUCUCCGGUUCUUUCGACGGCUCUGAUCUCAACAGCAUUGAAGCUGGCUGGCAGGUCAGUCCGGAGCUGUAUGGUGAUAACAGACCGAGAUUAUUCACCUAUUGGACGAGUGAUGCAUACCAAGCAACAGGAUGUUACAACCUCCUAUGCGCCGGAUUUGUGCAGACAAACAGCCGGAUCGCCAUCGGCGCCUCCAUCUCUCCCAUCUCCGCCGUCGAUUCCAGCCAGUAUGACAUCACCAUCCUCAUCUGGAAGGAUCCGAAGCUAGGGAACUGGUGGAUGGGGUUCGGGGACAACACCCUGGUCGGGUACUGGCCGGCGGAGCUGUUCACGCACUUGGCGGACCGGGCGACCAUGGUCGAGUGGGGCGGGGAGGUGGUCAACUCUCGGGCCACGGGCGAGCACACGUCCACCCAAAUGGGCUCGGGCCUGUUCGCGGAAGAAGGGUUCCGAAGGGCGAGCUAUUUCCGGAACCUGGAGGUCGUGGAUUCGGAUAACAGCUUGAGUUCGGUUCGGGUCAUAUCCACCCUCGCGGAGAACACCGAUUGCUACGAUAUCAAGAGCUCGUUUAGCGACGAGUGGGGAACCCAUUUCUACUACGGCGGGCCGGGUAGAGGCCCGAAUUGCAAUUGACCUCUUCUUUUUUUCUUUAUUCUUAUGCUCCGUAAUUAUUAUGUGCACGCCCAAAUUUGUUUUUUGAUAGCAAAAAAGAAGAAAAAAAACAAAUCCUAUCCUCUGAUCUACAAGGUUUAACUUCUAGCAAAUUCAUCUUUCUUUUACAUCUCCAAGAGGUUUGCCCAUGGG